CCGUUUUCCUUCCCAUUCUUUUCUCUCCUGCGUGGGUAGAGGAGAGAGGACUCGAGAAAACUACUUGGGGAAGAAGGGAAGCCAUGGAAGAACCUCCGACGUCGCCGCCGCCGCCGAUCGGCGACCCGCUGACCAACCCGUCCGCCUCCUUCUCCUCCCUCGACGACCUCGCCCACGAGCUCGCGUCCCUCGACGACCUCGCCAGCCGCGGCUCGUGGCGGUCCGUCCUCGACAAGGUCGCCCGCGCCCGGUCCCUCUCCCUCCUCCGGCACCCCCACGACCACCUCGCCUACCUCUCCUACAACGCCCUCGCCCUCGCCAAGCUCCGUCGCUUCGCCGACGCCUCCACCGAGCUCGAGUCCCUCCAGGAUCUCGAGUCCCCCGAGUACAAGUACGAGUCCUACCCACAAAUCUACCCUGGCCGGUCCGGCUCGAUGGUGCCCUUCUGCCUCCGGUGGCUGAACUGCGUGAUCCCGAUCAAGUUGGGCAGCCGCCAGGAUGGGUUGGAUCGGUUCUACGCGCUUCUGGAUUUCGUCAGAGGGAAAUUGGAGGAGAGAAGGAACAAGGGUUCGUCCGAGGAGGACGAGUCGGUGAGCGCUUGGAGGAGGAGGGAGGUUCUGGUGAUGAAUAGCAUCGUGGGUAAUCAUUUGAGUUAUAAGGAGUUCAGUGUGUGCUUGGAUUUGAUCAGGGAUAUGUUUAGGAGGGGUUAUUCAGAGGACCCGGUUUUGGUGUCGAGGUUGGGGUAUAUUCAGAUGCAGAUCGGGGAUCUGGAGGGCGCAAAGAGCUCGUUUAAGCAGAUCGAGGGGAUGGCGAGCGAAGGGAAGGGUCGUGGGUCGUUGAGUGAGGUUGAGCUGAAGAAUCUUGUGAAUAGAAAUAAGGCCAUGUUGUAUUUGGUGGGGAAGGAUUAUGUGUCGGCUGUGAGGGAGUAUGAGGAGUGUAUCGAAAGAGAUGAUUCGGAUGUGGUGGCGAUCAACAAUAAGGCGCUUUGUUUGAUGUAUUUGAGGGACUUGUCGGAUUCAAUUAAGGUGUUGGAGAACGCGCUUGAAAGGGUUCCUACCUUUGCCUUGAAUGAGUCUCUGGUGGUGAAUCUGUGUAGUAUGUACGAGUUGGCAUAUGUCAAUCAUUCGGAUAUUAAGAAGACUUUGAGCAUGAUUGCGCGAGUGGCUCCAGAUGAUUUUGAUUCAUCGUGUACCAGGAUUUGAUGAACAAGGAUUGUUGAUGACAACAUAUGUAUGCAAUGUGCACAGACCGCGAAAAUGGAUUUCACUCUUUUAUCU